UAGUUCACGUGUGUCACUGUCCUUUUUUCUCAUCUUGAGCUCUCAGCGAUAUAACGGCAGGAGAGGAGCCAGCUGUCCGAGGCUGCGGGAUCUGUCCUACAUCUCGUUUUAUGAUGAUUGCCGCGGCGUUUUUGGUCCUGUUACGGCCUUACAGUAUUCAGUGUGUGCUGCUAUUGCUGUUGCUUUUGCUCGGGACUAUAGCGACAAUUUUAUUUUUCUGCUGCUGGCAUCGCAGGCUUCGUAAUGGAAAACAUCCAAUAAAAUCUGUGCUCUCCGGACGCAGCAAGAGCCGCGUUGGCCUCCGAACACAUCAUUUUCGAUCAGAGGGCUUCAGGCACAGUCCACGUCAUGCAAGAAGGAGCAUACAUACUCGAGUGACGGAGGAAAAGCCAAAUCUGGUCGAGAUUCCUGAGAGUGAACCUGAUUCAUCAUCGAGUAUAAGAAAACGCAAAGUGAAGAAGAGAGUGCUGCCAGAAUUUUACCAGUCUGUACAAGUCACGCCCACACGCAAACCUAGCUCCAGUUCGGGGAACCCUUCCCUGCACGGCUCCAUGUCUUCCUCGGCGGAUUUCUCGGACGAGGAUGAUUACAGUGUGAAAUCUGGGUCGGCAUCACCUGCACCCGGGGACACUUUACCGUGGAACCUGCCCAGACAUGAGCGGUCCAAGAGGAAAAUCCAGGGAGGAUCCGUGCUGGAUCCGGCGGAGAGAGCCGUGCUCAGGAUCGCAGAUGAAAGAGACAGGGUGCAGAAGAAGACAUUUACAAAAUGGAUAAAUCAGCACCUGAUGAAGGUACGGAAGCAUAUAAAUGACCUAUAUGAAGACUUACGAGAUGGACAUAACCUGAUCUCCCUGCUGGAGGUUUUGUCUGGGGAUACAUUGCCUCGGGAGAGAGGAAGGAUGCGCUUCCACAGACUCCAGAAUGUACAAAUAGCACUGGAUUACUUAAAGAGGCGGCAGGUCAAACUUGUAAAUAUCAGGAAUGACGACAUCACAGAUGGUAACCCAAAACUGACCCUGGGAUUAAUCUGGACCAUAAUUCUGCACUUUCAGAUCUCGGAGAUCCACGUGACAGGGGAGUCCGAGGACAUGACAGCCAAGGAGAGGCUGCUGCUCUGGUCCAAGCAGAUAACAGAGGGCUAUGUUGGCGUACGAUGUGAUAACUUCACAACAUCCUGGAGGGAUGGCCGGCUAUUUAACGCCAUCAUUCAUAAAUACAGGCCAGACAUGGUUGACAUGAGCCGUGUGUCGACACAGACCAACCGAUCAAAUUUAGAGCACGCGUUUUGUUUAGCUGAACAGCUGGGGGUGGCCAGGCUGCUGGACCCAGAGGACGUAGACGUUCAGUCCCCUGAUGAAAAAUCAGUCAUCACAUACGUCUCAACACUGUAUGAUGCCUUCCCCAAAGUACCCGAUGGUGUUGAUGGAAUCAGUCCUAAUGAUGUUGAUAUCAAAUGGGUGGAGUACCAGAACAUGAUCAAAUACCUCAGCCAGUGGAUCAAACACAACGUGGCCAUAAUGUCAGAUAGAUCAUUCCCCAACAAUCCAGUGGAACUCAAGGCACUUUAUACACAGUAUCUGCAGUUCAAAGAACAUGAAAUCCCGCUGAAAGAGAACGAGAAGACGAAAAUCAAGAACCUCUAUAAAAUGCUUGAGAUGUGGAUCGAGUUUGGACGCAUUCAGUUACCCCAGGGUCAUCACCCUAAUGAUGUGGAGAAGGAAUGGGGUAAAUUAAUUGUUGCCAUGCUGGAAAGAGAGAAGAGCCUGAGGCCUGAGGUGGAACGGCUUGAAACGUUGCAGCAGAUUGCCAACCGGGUCCAGCGGGACUGUGUUAACGGAGAGGACAAGCUGGCAUUGGCAGGAACUGCCCUGCAGUCUGAUGCAAAACGUCUUGAGUCUGGUAUUCAGUUCCAACAUGAAGCUGAGAUUGCCAGCUACCUUUUCGAGUGUGAGAAUAUCAUCAGACAACAAGUGGUGGACAUCCAAAUUCUUCUGGAUGGAAAAUUCCCCUUUGCAGAUCAACUUGUCCAAAGGGUAUCAAAACUGCGAGAUGACCUCCUAUCCCUGAGAGCCGAGUUUUCUUCUGUGUACAGCAAAAGCCGCACCCUGACAACAGAGGAAACCAAAAUGAUGAUCUCAGGCAUCACACAAAGCCUGAAUCCUGGCUUCUCACAGAACAUCAGCACAAGCCUGACACCAGCCCUUACCCCAGCACUCACCCCAGGGGGGUUAGGCACCCCUGGGUCCACAUUCACCUCCAGCCUUACACCGUGCCUGACCCCGUCCGUGACCCCUGCCUUGACCCCCGGUCUGCAGCCAGCUUCAGUCCAGAGCUACAUGGGGAGUGGUGGCGGCAUGGACCCAGGCAGCCUCAGGCAUUUGAAACACAUGCAGAUCCGCAAGCCCUUAAUGAAAUCCUCACUGGCAGACUCCAACAUGACAGAAGAGGAGGUCAACAUGAAAUUUGUUCAGGACCUCCUGUACUGGGUGGAAGAGAUGCAGUUGCAGCUGGAUCGUUCAGAGUGGGGAUCUGAUUUGCCAAGUGUGGAAAUGCAUUUAGAGAACCACAAAACUGUACAUAGAGCCAUUGAAGAAUUUCAGAUGAGUCUUAAAGAUGCCAAACUGAGUGAGAUUCAGAUGAACAUGCCCCUGAAACUAACUUAUUCAGACAAACUGAACAAACUAGAAAAGCAGUAUGAAACGCUAUUGAGCUGUUCAAGAGAGCGGCAAAGCCACCUGGAAAGCCUGCAUGACUUUGUGUCACAGGCGACUCAGGAGCUCAUCUGGCUGAACGAGAAGGAGGAAGAGGAGGUUGCCUUCGACUGGAGUGAUCGCAACAGCAACAUCUCGAAGAAAAGAGACUACCAUGCUGACCUGAUGAGGGAGCUGGAUGAAAAGGAAGAAGUGAUCAAGUCUGUGCAGGACAAGGCAGAGCGCCUAAUGCUCAAGAACCACCCAGCCAGGCUCACUAUUGAAGCAUACAGAGCUGCCAUGCAGACGCAGUGGAGCUGGAUUUUACAGCUCUGCUCAUGUGUAGAACAGCAUCUCAAGGAGAAUGUUGUGUAUUUUGAGUUUUUCAGUGAUGCUAAAGAGUCCAUGGACUACCUUAAGAGCCUGCAAGAUGCCAUUCAAAGAAAAUACAGCUGUGAUCGAACAAGCAGCCUACACAGACUGGAGGACCUAAUUCAGGAGUCCAUGGAUGAGAAAGAGCAGCUUCUUCAGUACCGCAGCACUGUAGCUGGGUUAGUAGGCAGGGCAAAGAAUAUCGUGCAGCUCAGGCCCAGGAACCCUGAAAGCCCUGUGAGAUCCUCCAUCCCUGUUAAAGCCAUCUGUGAUUAUCGUCAGAUAGAGAUUACCAUUUAUAAAGAUGAUGAGUGCGUAUUGGCCAAUAACUCUCACCGGGCCAAGUGGAAAAUCAUCAACCCAUCAGGGAAUGAGGCCAUGGUGCCCUCUGUCUGUUUCACUGUGCCUCCACCCAACAAAGAGGCUGUUGAUAUGGCUACAAAAACUGAGCAGUUAUACCAGAAUGUCCUGGCACUGUGGCACCACUCCCACAUCAACAUGAAGAGUGUGGUGUCUUGGCAUUAUCUAAUGGCUGAUAUACGAGCCAUCCGCAACUGGAAUGUGGCCUCAAUAAAGACCAUGUUACCAGGUGAGCAUCAGCAGGUCUUGAGCAAUCUGCAGUCCCACUUGGACGAGUUCUUGGAAGACAGCGAAGAAUCCGAGGUGUUCACAGUAGCAGAUUGUGCCCAGCUAGAGAGAGACGUUGCGGCCUGCAAGGAGUACUACCAGGAACUGCUCAGAUCUGCAGAAAGAGAGGAACACGAGGAGUCGGUGUACAAUCAUUACAUCUCAGAAAUACGCAACUUCCGGAUGCAUCUGGAGGCCCAUGAAGAACACCUGAUCAGGCAACUCCGCACACCGCUGGAGAGAGACGACCUGGAGCAGAGUCUGCAGCGCAUCACUGAACAUGAGAAGAAGACAGCGGAGCUGAACAAAUUGAAGGAGGACCUUGACGCUAUGAAGGAGAAAUGUGAGCUGUUCCUCAGGCAGGCUGCAGGUUCUCCAUCUGUGCCAACGCUUUCCUCUGAACUCACUGUCCUCGUUCAGAACAUGAGCCAAGUGUACUCCAUGUCUUCCAUUUAUAUGGACAAACUGAAAACAGUGAGCUUAGUGGUGAAGCACAGCCAGAGUGCAGAGGGGCUCGUUAAGGCCUACGAAUCCAAACUCUACGAGGAAGAUGCUAUGAACUCUGAUGUCAAGUCCAUUGAGACCGUCAUAUCAACACUUAAGCAAUGGCGGACAGAGAUCGAUGAGAAGCAGGAGGUGUUCCAUGACAUGGAGGAUGAGCUGCAGAAAGCACGAGUCAUCAGUGACCGCAUGUUUAAGGCACAUAACGAACGUGACUUUGACCUCGACUGGCACAAGGAGAAAGCUGAUCAGCUGAGUGAGAGAUGGCAGAACAUUCACUCGCAGAUCGAUGGCAGGCUUCGGGACUUGGAAGGUAUCAACAAAUCUCUGAAACACUACAGAGACUCCUACAGUAGUCUUGAUGAAUGGGUCAGAGAAAUGGAAGCGGCACAGCUAAAGGCCCAAGAAAACAAACCCGAAGACAGCAAGGCACUGGCUGAGCUGUUGAACAAACAGAAGGUCCUUGUUGCUGAAAUUGAACAAAAACAGAACAGAAUUGACGAGUGUCAGAAGUACUCAGAGCAGUACUCUUCUGCCAUUAAGGAUUAUGAACUUCAGCUGAUGACGUUCAGAGCGAUGGUUGACUCCCAACACAAAUCCCCUCUCAAGAAACGGAGGAUGCAGAGCUCUUCUGAUGCCAUUCAGCAGGAGUUUAUGGAUCUCCGAACCCGCUACACUGCUCUUGUGACUCUCAUGACACAGUAUGUGAAGUUUGCCAGUGAAACACUGAAGAGAACUGAAGACGAGGAGAGAUCUGUUGAUGAGGAGAAGAGAGAGCAUGGUGAUAAAGUUAGCAAGCUAUUGCAUUGGAUGUCCAAUGUGAAACAGACCCCAAACAAUGAUGAGAAUGCUCUGAAAGAUAGCAAUGCCAACACAGACGCUUCUAAUAAGCCCCAGGUGUCAGUCGAGGAAAUGGUAACUAAAAAGGAACAGAUUGCAGAGGCACUGAGGGCCACACAAAUGAUGCUGAACAAACACAGUGACAAAAUGACCGAAGAGGAAAGAGAAAAGGCCCAGGAGCAGCUGAAGGCACUCAAUCAGGCCUACAAUGACCUCUCCCAACAAUGUUUAGAACAGACCACCUCUGCAGAAGAGGAAAAGUCCAGUAAGUCCAGGGAUGCAGGGCUUGUGACCGGACCCAUGAGUGGCCUGAUUGCUCCCAUAACUGGGGUCACUCUCCCAGAGGCCCAACCGGUGACCUCCGUCCUCUUUCAGUCCGAGCCACUUCUCUGUCUGGACCGGGAUAAUGCUUUCAAACCAGAUCUCAGCUAUAAAUCCACACUGAACCACUUGCCAGAGUUAAAUGAAGCAAGCAAGUGCAUACAGAAUUCACAUGUCUCCUCUGUGUCGCUCUGUGACAUCGCAGCAGCUAGGGCAGAAGCCGCGUAUGAUGACAUGAUCAUCAAGAUGAUAGAGGUCAAACAAGCCAGUGAUGGACUGGAGGUGUCCUACACAGGGGACACACUGACCCUGGAGAAGGCAUUUCAGAGCGGCUUAAUACCUGCUUCUGUGUACGUAAAGAUUCUUCAGAGGCAAAAGGAUAUGAUGAAUCCCAGCACUGCUGAAGAUGUGUCACACUUAGAGCCUGUGCCGGAGGUUGAACCUUGCGAGGUCAAUGGACUGAUAUUAAAGUGCCUCAGCAGAAAUAAAUCACUGACAUCAGGGAGGGAUAUUAACACUCUGAGGUUUUGUCAAGAGGGUUUAAGUGACCAGGAGACCAUGUCAAGGCUGUUAGGUGCUCAGGUGGAUGUAGGUGACCCCAGAGAAUGUCAACAUGCUGUUGAGGUGUCAGAGGAUGGUAUGAGUAGCAUUGGAAACCUCCAAAAUGGAGAUGGGCUGAAGGUGGAUGCAGCCGUUCAGUGUGAUUUGAUGAGAUCUAGCAGCACACUCACUGUGCUUGGAAAUCAGCAGCAGUUUAUGGGAAUAGUGUUGCCUUCCUCUGGGGAAAUCCAGACUGUGUCCACCACAGAUGAGUUUACCAGCAGACUGUUCAGUAAUCGGGGAAAAAUAGCAGCUUUUUACUUUCCAGAAAAUUCUGAGGUGGUAGACAUUACCUCUGCCACUAAAAAUUAUUUGAUUGACAGUUACACAGCAGAGUUUUUGAAAUCUAUAGACAUCCCUGAUGUGUUUCCUGAUGUUGAUCACCUUAAUGAAAAGUUUUCAUCUUGGCUUAUGUAUAAAAAACUCACAGUUGAUGGACGCUAUCAUGCUGGAGACAGUUCAGAAAUUGAUAACAUCCCUACUCACGCAGAGGCAAAGCAGUUAUUUAUCUCCUACAUAAUGAUAAACACUUACACAGAUCCCAACUCAGGACAGCGGGUCCUAAUACUCGACAAGCAGCUGAGUAAAAUGGUUAAAAUCUUUCUUGAAGAUUCAAUAUUUUCUGAAAACACUGAGAAAAAUGUCACUUCUCUGACUUUAAAUGUUGCCGAUCUUUCAGAACGGGUAGAUUUAAAGAUCCCGCUACACAUAAAUGAGGAAACAGAAGAUUUAAUGGAAUACACACAACAUACUGGUGAUCCCAAUUUAAUUUCCUCAGGAAAUGGAAUACUUACCUCUGAUGAAAACACAUAUACAAAUGCCAGGGCUCUAAAACAGGAUCAUGUCAAUGGAUUUUUAGUAGAUAAUGACAUUGACUCGGUGACAGAUAAAAACAUGUGUCCAAACCAAACUAAUUGGACAAAAACAAAUGUUGGCUCACCAACAAGGAUGUUUGAGGAUGAGUGUUCAGUAAAAUCUUGCCGUCAAACACUGCCAUACUACGAUCCUGACUCCCUUUGUAGUGAUUCAAAAGGUACAGAUGUUACCCAAGCUGAGUUUUUAUGCUCUGAGGAUUUGGCGGAGGGUGAAAAUGAGCAAGACUGUGCUGUUCAUCUUCUGAAAGUGCAAACAGAGGAAGGGGGCAUUUUAGACAUCACCUCUGGGAGACGUUAUGACCUGGAGGCAGCUCUCAGUAAGGGCCUAGUUGAUGAAACGACGGUACUAAAACUGCUUGCCGUACAGUCAGAUGAAAAAGGAAGUGUUGUUGGUAAUGAGGAGGGCACGAUGUCUGUUUUAAAACCGGCAGUGUCAGAUGGAUCCAUAUCCUCAAACAUUGCUUUUCCUAUGGCACAGCAGAGCCUUCUGAGAUCUGGUUGCACCAUUAGUAUAAGUGAGUCAGUACAGUCCGGAUUAGUUAAAGAUGACCGUGUUGACGGGGCCCUUAACUCAGACCCCAAAGCCUGCAUUUACCCAGAAGAAAACUGUCCUCACUCCAUCUUUGACAAAGGUUUAAUUAAUAUUAAUGAAGAUGACAACGUGCAGCAGCCGACUGAGAGGAAGGUUGCUGCCAUUGUGCUCGAUCUGACCAAUGAGGAGGCUAUUAACAAAGAGACAGAGAGUGAGAAUGGAGAUGCAGAUGUAGAUUGUGAGACAACAGGAAACGUAGAAAAGAUGAGUAAUUAUCAUCACGAGUGUCUCAUGAUCUCACCCUCCUUGUGGAGUCAGGUUGCUGCAGAGUGUGUUCAUCACAUUGACAAAUUGCCUUUACUGGCUGAAGACAGGGACUCGCAGGGUGUAACCAGCCAGCUGACAGAUACAGCUGACUUAUCCAGAGUUAUGAUAGAAAACACUGCUCCAACUACCCAGUCGCGUCCAUCUAGUCUGAGUGACGGAACCUCCGGCAUCAGCACUGAUCCAGAAAGCCAGACUCAAUAUGCCACUUCGACUAAACACUCUAAAUCUGACACCUUGUCCUUUGAUGAUGAGUUUUUCAUGGCUGGAUAUCAUGUCCGAGUGGGAGAUCAGACAGUUAAUAAGAGUGAAUUAGACAUGUCCUCACCACAUCGCGAUGUGUUGUCUGAGGAAAGUACAAUGGAGUAUGACACGAGUGCAGUUCAGUCACCUUUGGACAGUGAGCCAACUCCAAUUAGAGAUUACUCAUCGCCCGGGGAUUUGGUGGAAAGUGCACUUAUCUCAGUUUCCAGGGGUAAUGGUAACUAUGAUGACAACAUUACAGAAGGUGGCAGCACAAUCACAUUACCUCAGCAAACUGCACUUCAGUCAGAAAGCAAUUUUACUGUUGAAUCUGAGCCCAGCUGCUCUCAAAAUUGUCAGAGUACGCUUGUUGGUGAGCAAUCUCAACACUCACCUGUUGUUUCCAGUGAAGUCAUUGCAACACAUUCUCUCAGUCUCAAUUGUUUUGAUGUAGAGGAUUCCGAGCAGUACACUUCAGCUACCGCCAGAGUUUCUCUUGAAACAGUACCGGCUGAUCGGGAUUUGUCAGGUUCAGGUCACAGUGUUACAUAUGAUGUUGAUUUAAACACAGAGGGUCUUUCCCUUGAGAGGCAACAUGGGGGCAUUUUCCCCAUGACCUGUGAUACAGAACAGAUGCAUGUGUCACGAAAUGCACAGAAAGCAGAGACAAGUGAUAAACAAAAUGCAGAUAUUGGUGGAAAGGUCUCUGCAUUAGAAAUGAACUCAAGGCAGUCUGAAACUAUAAUGGAAGUACAGUUACAAUCUAAUAUUCCACCAGAGGAGAAAAGAUUACAUGUGUGUGCUUCUGAGCAUCCCCACGUAGUUACUGAUUUCCUGUCAAACAGCUGCACUAAAUCUGAUGUUUCCUCUUUAGCUCCAUCAGUGUUUUCUAAUGCCGUAGGGAUAUGUGUAGAUGACAUAGGGGAAAUUAUUACAAAAGAGAGCUAUGUCAGUGAUUUGCAAAAGGCACAAACUCAAGACAUUGAAAGCACUAUUGCUAUAGUUCAGAAUACUCCACAACCUUUAGACAAAGGCGAGGGAGACACACCUCAUGGACUCAUAGAGAGCAGUCACCCAGACCUUCUCAUGGAUUUGCUGAAGCAAAAUGCCCUCAGUUUAAACAACAAAGACGAAGGGAACUCAGAACUGAUACUGCAGGAAGAGAAAGUCAAUGAAAAGACAGAACAGUCCAAUGCUCCAAAUAUCCAGCUGCAGCUGCUGCAGGUUCUUAAGACUGUUUCCUCAAGCCAAGACUUUUCAGUGCUUCAGGAAGUGAUGGACACUCUGAGCUCUGCUCUGGGCGGGGACCCUCAGGAGGAGCGGCGGCACAUACUAGAGAGCAUCAGGGAGGAGAGCUCAGAGGAAGAAGAUGAGGGGUCAGCAGACAAUGACUUGGGUCACUCUUCUGCAGGCAGUCACCGAACAUCUGCUCAGUUGUCUGCCAACUCAGUGGCCUGCAAAAUUGAGGAGGUCAAAAAUAAGCUGUUCUCCAUCCAGGAUUAUUUGGAGUGCGUUGGGAGGCUGCAGGAUCACGCUGAUGUUUUAGAUGAUGUCAGAAAAGACCUUUUAAUCCAGGCACCCAUGGGCAACAUCAUGGAAGAACUGCAUAUCCAAAUAGAGGAAUGUCAGUCUCUGGAGUCUCAACUCUCUAGACUGACUGGUGUUCUGACGGCAGAUAUGGAGAAAGCCAAACAGCUCUUAAGUUCUGCCAGUGAGGGCAUUCCCAUACAAAUCCACCAAGACUUGGCCUCGACUUAUAUGGAGUUGGGGCCAAAUUUCACUGCUGUUUCCCAAAUGUGUGCAGAAAGGAGUCACUCCCUAAUUCAAGCAAUGGAAGCAGGAAAGGUACAUUUGGAAUCAACGUACCAGAAACAUCUUAGUGAUCUUGAUGAACUAGCGGGCCUCGUCCAAAACACCUCUGAGAUGUGUGCCGUGGAUUUUAACAUGUGCGAUGUGGACACACUGAAACAUUUGAUUCAGCAGAACAAGGACACGGAGAGAAAUCUGCUUAAAGAAGCCAGACUCAAGUUAGAGGAUGUCACGUUUGAUAUCCAGUGCUUUAUAUCUGAGCACGCUCAGUUCCUGAGUCCAGCUCAGAGCAGCUACCUCCUCAAGUUCCUCAGCACCACUCAGCGAGCACUCAGGGACCAGACAGAGAAACUUGUUACCCAGAGGAGCGCCUUAGAUGUCCUGCUGGACACCAGGGAAAGGGAGAACCAGGAGAAGUCUUUACUGGAGAAACACAAGGAGUUUACAGAGAAGUUGGGGGAAGUGUGUGAUAAUCUUACCUUGACAGAAAACCACCUGAUUGGUCAUCAGCAACAGGCCGAAAAUGCUAAGCGUGUCACGGACCUGCAGCAGUACCAGCAGGAGCAUCAGGCUCUGCAGAAAGAUGUAUUGACAAACGCCAGUGCCUUGAAUGAGGUCAUCACCAGCACUAAAAAGUUUCUGGAGGAAAACCGGAGCAAGCUGACACCAGACCAAAUCGCCAUCAUUGAGAGCAAAUUGGAAGAGGCUAAGAGCAAAGCCAAGCUCAUCAACCAGCGGGCAGAGGAGUCCAGGAAAGAUCUGGAGAAGGUCGUUACCACAGCCAUAAAACAGGAGAGUGAAAAGGCAGCAGCUGUUGAGCGGCUUGAAGAAAGUAAGAACAAAAUCGAAGGUCUCCUGGACUGGAUAUCCAACAUAGGGAAUGAAAAUGAGAGUCUGGAUCAAACUGACCGUACAAGUAAAGAGAAUGGAAACCUGCCAGAAGAAACCUCAGAGAAGGGACUGAUAGGAGAGGAGGACGAUGCCAAUGGAAACGCUUUUCAGACCACUGAAAAGGAUUUUGGCAGAGAGACCGGUGGCAAGAGCGACGCCUCCCUGGACCUCGAUAAGCAAUAUGACAGGGUCAAGGCCCGCCAUCAGGAGAUCCUGUCCCAGCAGCAGGAUCUCAUCAUGGCCACCCAAUCAGCUCAGACUCUGCUCGACAAGCAGGCCGACGUGCUGUCUCCAGAGGAGAAGGAGAAACUGCAGAAGAACAUCCAGGAGCUGAAGGGACGCUACGAGGCCUCGCUGACGCAGGCUGAACAGCAGAUGAAGCAGGUGCAGUGUGUUCAGGAGGAGCUGAAAAAGUUCCAGCAUGACUGUAAGGAGUUUGAGGGCUGGUUAGACCAGGCGGAGGGAGACGUGGAGGAGCUAGGAGCUCCUGCAGGCUCUCUCAAUAUCCUCAGUGACAAACUCCAGCGACAGAAAAGCUUCUCAGAAGAUGUGAUCUCUCACAAAGGGGACCUUCGCUUCAUCACCAUUUCAGGACAGAAAGUGCUGGACGUGGCUAAAGCCUGCGCAUUAGAUGACCCUGCAGCUAAGAAUGCUCCGCUGCAUGUGGAUACUUCAGGAACCUGUUCGGCUGUCAAGAAUAAGUUGGACUCAGCAGCCAGCCGAUACAAAACACUAUAUUCACAGUGCAACCAGCUUGGCAACAACCUCAAAGAUGUGGUUGACAAAUACAAGAAAUAUGACGACUCGAGCGCUGGUCUUUUGAAGUGGCUCAACAGCUCAGAGGAGGAGGCCAGAAAGCAGCAAUCAGAGGCCAUAGCAGCUGAUCCACAAACACUACAGAAACAGCUGGAGGAGACCAAGGCCCUCCAAGGUCAGAUGACGGGCCAUCAGACUGCUGUUGACACACUACGCAAAACAGCCGAAUCUUUGGUAACAUCUGAAGGAGACCUGCUGAGCAACCCAGACGAGAUCCAGGAGACAGUAGAUGACAUAGUUGAGCGCUAUGACAACCUGUCCAAGUCUGUAAGUGAUAGAAAUGAGAAACUGCAGAUCACCCUGACUCGCUCCAUGAGUGUCCAGGAUGGUUUGGAUGAGAUGAUGGGAUGGAUGGAGGGAGUGGAGGCCAGCGUGAAAGAGAAAGAACAAAUUCCCCUGGACUCUGCAUCCAUUGGAGAUAUCCUCAGCAAAGAAGCAGCAUUAGAGCAGGACAUAGCAAGUCGGCAGAGCAGCAUCUCAGCCAUGAAAGCCAAGGUGAAGAAGUUUGUGGAGACGGCAGAUCCCUCUGCUGCUGCACUGCUGCAGUCUAAGAUGGAUGCUCUCUCCCAGCGCUUCUCUAAUGCCUGUGACAAACAUAAGCAAAAAGUUUCCCAACUGGAGCAGCUGAAGGAAAAGGUGGAACAGUUUGAUGAGGUCGCAGGCAAAUUUCAGCAGUUUGUUGUGAAGUGUUCACAAGAACUACAUGAGACAGACGGGCCAGGGAAGACUUUCAAUGAAUUGUCUGAGCUAAUGAAGAAUACUAAAGCUGAGAUGGCUGAACAUGCCAGUGAUCUGGAGAAGCUGCAGACUCUGUCCAAGGAGCUGUCUGAAAUAAGCCCUGAUGGAAACAAAGCGCCAAUCCAGAGCAAGAUGGACAAUCUCUCAAAUAUUUUCAGCACCUUAAAAGACUCUGUUAAAGAAAAGGAAGAGGAGGUAUCAUCCUGUCAGGACCAGCUGGGAGAGUUCAGAUCUGCAGCUAGUGCUCUCACCAAGUGGCUGGAGCAGACCAAUGAGAAAGUACCUGCGGUUCAGACAAGCAGCAGUGAGAAAAGUCUGGAGAAGGACCUGCAGAUAGUUACUGUUUUAUUAGAUGAAUGGACAUCCAAAGGCCCUGUUGUCCAAGACCUGAACAGUAAAGGAUCAGCACUCUGCAGCCUCAUCACUUGCCUCACAUCCCCUGCCAAGACAAAGACCCCUAAAAAGUCAGCUCUUACUAAUGGUGGUGCUCCAGGGAGCCAUUCCUACCUAACCAAUAAAGAGCUGAUGGUAAUUCAGCAGAACAUGUCAUUUGUCAACGAGGGAUACGCGCGCCUGGGGGAAACGCUGAAGAGUCGAGCAGCAGAGCUGAGUAGUUUGGUCCACGAGGUCAAAGAGGCCCAAAAGGAGACAGAGGACAUGAUGAAGUGGCUGAAGGACAUGAAAAAGACUGCAGCAUCCUGGAACAAUGCGGCCACAGAGAAAGAUUCAGUGAAAACACAGCUGGAACAGCAGAAGACAUUUGAGGACGGCAUGAAGCAAAAGCAGGAGCAGCUCCAGAAGCUCAGAGAGAAGCUCCUCAACUUGAUUAAGACUCAUCCAAAUUCCCCCGAGGCAGCAAAAUGGAAGCAGAUGCUGGCAGAAAUAGAUGCUGCUUGGGCGGAUAUUAGCGGUUCUGUAGAGGAGAGGAAGCAGCACCUGGAGCAGUCCAACAAGAAUCUGGACAUCUUCCAAACAACUGAGCUGCAGCUUGGUCAGUGGCUUUCAGAGAAAGAGCUAAUGAUGAGUGUCCUUGGACCCCUCUCCAUAGACCCCAACAUGCUUAAAAUGCAGAAGCAGCAAGUUCAGAUCCUCCAGAAUGAAUUUAAGAGCCGUAAACCUCAAUAUGAGCAACUUGAGGAAGCUGCCUCUGCCAUCCUGAGCUCCUCGGGCAACCAGGACCCCUCAAAUGGGAAACUGGUGAGGGAGCAGCUCGCUGCCGUCACCCAGAAGUGGCAAGGCCUCACGGGACAGCUGGACCAGAGAGACAGCCUCAUCGACCAGGCUUCGGUGAAGACAGGGCAGUUCCAGGAGUUACUGAGGAGUAUCAGUCAGACUGCCACCGAGCUGGAGAAUCAGCUCACCAACCACCAGGGCCACAGCACCCAGCCCGAAGCUGUGAAGAAGCAGUUGGAGGAUGUCCAUAACAUCUCAACCCAGCUGAGAGAGGAGAGGAAGAAGCUGAAGGAGGCUGAGGUCAUCAACGCAGAGCUCACAGCUAUGGUGACUGAGGACUAUCUCAAAGCAGACUUAGCCAGGCAGCUGGAGAGUGUCAACAAGCCUUUCAAACAGCUGGAAGAGAAAGCAGCAAAACGGAUUGAGCAGCUCAGCUCAACCUUUGCCAGCUCUCAGCAGUUCCAUCAGACCUCCAAAGACUUUCAGUCAUGGCUGGGUGAGAAGCUCCAGGACCAGUCUAAGCCCCAGCCCAUCUCUUCCAAAGUUGAUGUUCUGCAACAAGCCCUGGAGGAGCACAGUAAACUCCAGAAGGCUCUCAGUGAACAUAAGGAAGCUUACAGCACAAUCAUUGGGGAAGGGGAGAUGCUUCUGCAUAACACUGAUGGUGCAGAAAAGUUGGCACUACAAGGGCAGCUUACUACACUCUCUUCCAACUGGGAGGAGGUGAAGAAGAGCUCCAUGGAACAGGUCGACAAACUCCAGACUGCCUUGCAGAGAUCUCUGAAGUAUCAGGAGCAUGCAGAAAAGCUCAGCUCCUGGAUUCAAGAGUGUGAGGCCAGCGAGGGCCAAGUCAAACUCACUGUUGAUCCGGUUGCUGUGGAGAGCACCAUUUCUCAGGUGAAAGCUCUCCAGAAGGAUGUCGACAAGCACAGAGGGAUGGUGGAGCAGCUCAAUGCGGCUGCAGAUAGCCUUCUUGAGGUGGCCAACAUGGACACUGAAGGCGUCAAAGAGGAGAAGGCUAGCAUUGGUAAAAGAGUGGACAAUGUAAUGGAUGGCCUGCAAAACAAACGGGAGUGCCUGGAAAAGAUCUCACACACAGUUAAAGAAUUUAAUGAUGCCUAUAAAGAAGCAAAGAGUCAGAUUGAGGCGGCUAAGAAGCAGGUGGAUACCUAUGAAUCACAGGGAGUUCAGGCACACAGCAACAAGAACCUGACCAAUAUGAAAGCCCAACAGAAGAGUUUAGAGGGAGUCCAGAACCAAGUGGAGCACCUGAAGAACCUGGCCAGGGGCCUUGUGUUGGAUGUCCCAGAUGCUGAUGGGGUGACAGACCUCUUACUGCAGGCUGACAGCAUAGAAAAGGACUACAGCACCCUUAGCAAGACAGUUGAGGAGACGUGCCAAGUCUUGGAGGGUAAACUGCAGGGCAUUGGGCAGUUCCAAAACAGCAUCCGAGAUAUGUUCACCCGGUUCACAGACCUGGACGAUGAACUGGACAGCAUGGCUCCUGUGGAUCUUCACUUGGCCACUCUUAAAGAACAGCAGGACAGCAUUCAGAGCUUUGUGGCCAAGCUGCAAGAGCUGAUGGCCAACACGGCCAAUGCUGGAGACAGCUGUAGGAAGAUGCUAGAGACUGAGACCUCACCUGACCUGUUAGGCCUGAAGAGAGAUCUGGACGCUCUGAGUAAGCAGUGUGGUAAACUGUUGGACAGGGCUAAAGGCAGAGAGGUGCAGGUGCAGAGUACUCUCACCAAACUUGAGGAGUUGUACAGUAAACUCCACCAUGCGGAAGACAAACUUCGUAGAGCCGUGGACAAGGAGGCGUCCCAGGAGGCAGUUGGCAUGGAGACGGACAUCAUCAACCAACAGCUGGAGGCCUUUAAGGCUUUCCAGAAAGAGGACAUUGAUCCAUUGCAGACGCAGCUUCAAGACAUCAACUCCCUCGGCCAGGGCCUGAUCCAAACCGCUGCCAAAGGCGCCAGCACCAAGAAGCUUGACGAUGACCUGGAGGAGGUCAACACAAAGUGGAAUACCCUCAAUAAAAAGAUUGCUGAGCGUUCAGCCCAGCUGCACGAAGCCCUGUUGCAUUGUGGGAGGUUCCAGGAUGCUCUGGAGUCACUGCUCAGCUGGUUGACUGACACGGAGGAGCUUAUGGCCAAUCAAAAACCUCCGUCUGCGGAGUUUAAAGUGGUCAAGGCACAGAUACAAGAGCAGAAACUUUUACAGAGACUGCUGGAUGACCGAAAGCCAACAGUGGAGCUGAUAAAAAAAGAGGGAGGGAAGGUUGCGGAACUGGCAGAGUCUGUGGAUAAGGAGAAGGUUGCAAAAGAGAUCGAAUGCCUGGGCCAGAGGUGGGACGCUCUGCUCAAGAGGGCUGAAAACAGGCACAAGCAACUGGAGAGCAUCUUAGUGGUCACUCAGCAGUUCCAUGAGACCCUAGAACCCCUGAGCGAGUGGCUCGCAGCCACAGAGAAACAGCUAGCCAACUCCGAACCCAUCGGCACUGAGACGUCUAAGUUGGAAGAUCAAAUCUCUCAGCAUAAGGCCUUAGAGGAGGAGAUUAUGAAUCACAGUAAAGACCUGUUUCAGGCCGUCAGUCUGGGUCAGAUGCUCAGAACUGUGAGCUCAGUGGACGAUAAGGAGUUUGUUCAGUCCAAACUGGACGCCACCCAGGCCAGUUACAUAGAGCUCCAGGAGCGAUGCAGGAGGAAAGCCGAGAUGCUGCAGCAAGCUCUGGCAAACGCCCAGCUGUUUGGAGAAGAUGAAGUGGCGCUCAUGAACUGGCUCAACGAGGCACACACGAGGCUGAGUGAAGUGUCCGUGGAAAACUACAGAAUAGAUGUUCUUGAAAAGCAGCUGGCAGAACAAUGGACACUACAAAGUGAUAUUGAGCUGAGGAAGAAGAAUGUUGACCAAGCCAUCUGUAAUGGGAUGGAGCUUCUGAAGCAAACAACAGGUGAUGAGGUGGUUGUUAUCCAAGGCAAACUGGACGGAAUAAAAACAAAGUACGCUGAGAUCAACACAAUGAGUGACAACGUUUUGAAGACAUUGGAGCGGGUUUUGAGUCUCUCUACUAAGCUGCAGAACACUCAUGAGGAUCUGAGCUCCUGGCUCGAGAAAGUCGAGACUCAGACCAGCGCUUUUGCUGAUCAGGAGCUGGUGGGCGAGCAGCUCCUUCAAGCACAAAACAGACAGAAGGCCUUGUUGAAGGAGACCAAAGACCAAAAACCUGUGAUGGACAAGCUGAAUGAGUUGAGCAGUUCUCUCCUGGAUCUGAUCCCCUGGCACACUCGCGAGGGUCUGGACAAGCUGGUGACUGAGGACAAUGAGCGGUACAGAGCAGUCCGCGACACCAUCACCCAGCAGGUCGAUCAGAUCAACGCCGAUAUACUCAAGUCACAGCAGUUUGAACAGGCUGCAGACACUGAACUCUCUUGGCUGACUGAAGCUGAGAGGAAGUUGCUGUCGAUGGGCGAGAUCAGGCUGGAGCAGGACCAAACCACAGCCCAGCUCCAAGCACAGAAGAUCUUCUCCAUGGACAUCAUGAGGCACAAAGAUGCUGUGGAUGAUAUUGUGAAAACAAGAAAGGCCAUCAUGAACAGCAAAACCCCGGAGGAGAAAGAAAUCUUGAAGGCCAAGACCCAGACUCUCUUGGAGAAGUACGGCAUCGUCAGUCAGCUGAACUCAGAGCGCUGUCUGCAGCUGGAGCGAGCCCAGUCUCUGGCCAACCAGUUCUGGGAGACCUAUGAGGAGAUGUGGCCGUGGCUUCAGGAAACCCUGAGCACCUUCAGCCAGCUGCCUCCACCUGCCAUCGAGUACGAAACACUCAGGCAGCAGCAAGAGGAACUCAGGCAAAUGCGAGAGCUGAUUGCCGAGCACAAGCCCCACAUCGACAAGAUGAACAAGACCGGCCCUCAGUUACUUGAACUCAGCCCAGUGGAGGGAGCGCCCAUCAGAGAGAAGUACACAGCUGCAGACCAACUUUACACCCAACUCAAGGCUGAUGUCAAGCAGAGAGCUGCCACUCUGGAUGAGGCCAUCUCCAAAUCCACCCAGUUCCAUGAUAAAAUUGACCCGAUGCUGGAAUCCCUGGAACGGAUCGCUGAACGCCUGCGCCAGCCUCCGUCCAUCUCAGUGGAGGUGGACAAGAUCAAGGAGCAGAUUACUGAAAAUAAGGCCGUCUCUGUGGAUUUGGAGAAACUGCAGCCCUCUUAUGAGACACUGAGGCAGCGAGGCGAAGAGAUGAUCGCACGAUCGGAAGGAGCAGACAAGGACAUAUCUGCCAAAGCUGUACAAGACAAGCUGGACCAUAUGGUGUUCCUCUGGAGCGACAUCCAGGCCUUACUGGAGGAGCGGGAGGCGAAGCUGCUGGAUGUGAUGGACCUGGCAGACAAGUUCUGGUGCGAUCACUGCGCUCUCAUCGUCACCAUCAAAGACAGCCAGGACCUGCUGAGAGAGCUGGAGGAGCCCGGAGUCGAUCCUUCAGUCGUCAAACAGCAGCAGGAGUUUGUGGAGGGAUUUAAGGAGGAGAUUGAUGGACUGCAGGAAGAGCUUGAUGUGGUUCAAAACCAGGGAGCAGAGCUUAUGACUGCCUGCGGGGAACCUGAUAAACCUGUGAUAAAGAAGAGCAUUGAUGAGGUGAAUUUGGCAUGGGAAAAUCUCAAUAAGACUUGGAAGGAGAGAGUGGAGAGACUGGAAGAGGCCAUGCAGGCUGCUGUGCAGUUUCAGGAUGGCUUGCAGGGUAUGUUUGACUGGGUGGAUAUUCUGGAGAGCAAACUGGAUUCAAUGUCACCUGUAGGCACAGACCUGGAAACUGUCAAGCAGCAGAUUGUAGAGCUCAAGGAGUUCAAAGUAGAGGCGUACCAGCUGCAGAUUGAGAUGGAGCGCCUGAACCACCAGGCGGGCCUCCUGCUGAAGAAGGUGACGGAGGAGGCUGAUUGCUGCGCCAUCAAGGAGCCAAUGUCCGAGCUCAAGAUGCUCUGGGACAACCUGGAUGAGAAGAUCAUCAGCCGACAGCACAAACUGGAGGGAGGCCUCCUGGCACUGGGCCAGUUCCAGCACGCACUGGACGAGCUGCUGGCCUGGAUGAGCCACACUGAGGAGCUGCUCAACGAGCAGAGGAAGGCCGGAGGAGACCCCAAAGCCAUCGAGAUAGAGCUCGCCAAGCAUCAUGUCCUCCAAAAUGAUGUGUUGGCUCAUAAGGCGACAGUUGAGACGGUCAAUAAGGCCGGUAGUGACCUGGUGGAGUCCAGCGCUGGUGAGGAAGCUUCUAGUCUGAAGAGCAAAUUGGAGAACCUGAACCAGCGGUGGAAAGCCAUACUGGAGCAGACGGCGCAGAGGAAGCAACAACUGGAGGGAGCUCUGCUUCAGGCCCAAGGUUUCCAUGGUGAGAUAGAAGAUAUGCAGCAAUGGCUGAAAGACACAGAACGUCAGCUGUUGGCAUCAAAGGCUGUGGGAGGCUUACCAGACACGGCCCGGGAGCAGCUUAACGCCCAUCUGGAGUUGUGUUCUGCCUUGGAGGUGAAGGAGGAGCUGUACCAGGAGCUGCUGAACAAGGGUCACCAGCUGCUCGCCAUGACACCCGAGGGUCCGGACAGCAACACAGAGCAGGACCUCGCCAACCUGAAGGACAAAUGGGAAGCGGUGCAGGGGAAGGUCGCUGAAAGAAAGGUGAAACUAGAAGAGGCCUUGACACUGGCCACGGAUUUCCACAACUCCCUGCAGGACUUCAUCAACUGGUUGACCCAAGCGGAGCAGACGCUGAACAUGGUUUCCUCUGCCUCCCUCAUACUGGAGACCAUCAUGUUUCAGAUUGACGAGCAUAAGGUGUUUGUGACGGAGGUGAACUCACACAGGGACCACAUCAUUGAACUGGACAAGACAGGAACACACUUGAAGUACUUCAGCCAGAAACAGGAUGUGGUCCUGAUCAAGAACCUGCUGCUCAGCGUGCAAGGCCGCUGGGAGAAGCUGGUGCAGCGGUCUGUUGAGCGAGGUCGCCUGCUGGACGACGCCAGGAAGAGGGCGAAACAGUUCCACGAAACUUGGAAUAAACUGAUGGAGUGGUUGGACGAAUCUGAGAAGACUCUGGACUCAGAAGUGGAAAUUGCCAAUGAUCCGGGCAAAAUCAAGAUGCAGCUGGCGCAGCACAAGGAGUUCCAAAAGGCUCUGGGCAGCAAACACUCAGUGUAUGACACCACGUCUCGAACAGGGCGGGCCCUGAAAGACAAGACCUCCCUUCAGGAUGAUAACCAGAAGCUGGACGACAUGCUGAGUGAACUGAGGGAUAAAUGGGACACUGUUUGUGGCAAGUCAAUAGAAAGACAAAACAAACUCGAGGAGGCCCUGCUGUUCUCCGGCCAGUUUACAGACGCUCUCCAGGCUCUCAUUGACUGGCUGUACAGAGUGGAACCUCAGAUGGCUGAGGACCAGCCUGUACAUGGAGACAUAGACUUGGUUCUCAACCUCAUAGACACCCACAAGGUUUUCCAGAAGGAGCUGGGAAAAAGGACAGUGAGCGUUCAGGCCCUCAAACGUUCAGCCAGGGAGCUGAUUGAGAGCAGCCACGAUGACUCGUCCUGGGUCAAAGCCCAGAUGCAGGAGCUGAGCACUCGCUGGGAGACGGUGUGCAACCUCUCGGUGUCCAAACAAGCCCGGCUGGAGCAGGCCCUGUGUCAGGCUGAGGAGUUUCACUCCACUGUUCAUAUCCUGCUGGAGUGGCUGGCUGAGGCAGAGCAGAGUUUGCGUUUUCAUGGCAGCCUGCCUGAUGAUGAGGAGGCUCUGCAGGCGCUUAUCGAACAACAUAAGGAGUUCAUGAAGAAACUGGAGGAAAAGCGAGUGGCACUAAAUAAAGCAACCAAUAUGGGGGAGGCUAUUCUGACCAUCUGCCAUCCAGACUCUAUCACAACCAUCAAACACUGGAACACCAUAAUUAAAGCCCGGUUUGAAGAGGUGCAGGCUUGGGCCAGGCAGCACCAGCAGCGACUGGCCGCGGCCCUCACUGAGCUGUUAGCCACUCAGGAGCUGCUGGAGAAUCUGCUGACUUGGCUACAGUGGGCUGAGACCAACCUCAACGAUAAAGACAAGGAACCGCUGCCGCAGGAGAUCGAGGAGGUCAAAGGCCUCAUAGCAGAUCACCAGGCAUUCAUGGAGGAAAUGACCAGGAAGCAACCAGAUGUUGACAAAAUCACCAAGACACACAAAAGGAAGGCUGCUGUGGAGCCCCAAAUCCAGUCCCAGAUCCCUGUGCUUGGCAAAGGAAGAGCUGGAAGAAAACGCUCUCCCACACAAACGAUGUAUGCGUCAGCUACACAGGCGCCCAUUGAAACCAAGAACCCCAGGGUUAACCUGCUGGUCACCAAGUGGCAGCAUGUGUGGCUUCUGGCUUUGGACAGAAGGAGGAAACUCAAUGAUGCCAUGGACAGACUGGAGGAGUUGAAGGAAUUUGCCAACUUUGACUUUGAUGUGUGGCGGAAGCGCUACAUGCGCUGGAUGAACCAUAAAAAGUCUCGCGUCAUGGACUUCUUCCGCCGCAUUGACAAAGAUCAAGAUGGCAAGGUGACCCGGCAGGAGUUUAUAGAGGGUAUUCUCUCCUCCAAAUUCCCUACCAGUCGUCUGGAGAUGAGCGCCGUUGCAGACAUAUUUGACCGAGACGGGGACGGCUACAUUGACUACUAUGAGUUUGUGGCAGCUCUUCAUCCCAACAAGGACGCUUACAAACCACUAACAGAUGCUGACAAAAUUGAAGAUGAGGUUACACGUCAAGUAGCAAAAUGCAAAUGUCCAAAACGAUUCCAAGUGGAGCAAAUUGGUGCCAACAAAUACCGGUUUUACCUUGGAAACCAGUUUGGAGACUCUCAGCAGCUUCGUCUGGUACGGAUUUUACGCAGCACUGUGAUGGUGCGGGUGGGAGGAGGCUGGAUGGCUCUGGAUGAGUUCCUGGUGAAGAACGACCCCUGUCGAGCUAAAGGCAGGACCAACGUGGAGCUGCGAGAGAAGUUCAUCCUCCCAGAGGGAACCACUCAGGUGAUGGCGAGCUUCCGCUACAGAGGCCGGCCAUCAUCCAGAGGAGCUUCUCCCAACAGAUCCACCUCCAGUCAGAGCUGUGCAGUCCCGUCGAACCCAGCAGCGACCAGUACACUCAAGACUCCCCAACACAUAACCCGCAAUUAUGAUAAGCCCUGGCUUACAAACAGCAAACCCUCCACUCCUCUUAAAUCAUCAGACUCCUUUGGGAGCCAAGGUUCAUCCUCAGAGGGUACACCAGUUCAAGGCAGCAAGUUACGUCUUCCUGGGUACUUGUCAGGUAAAGGAUUUCAGUCUGGUGAGGAGGGAACCUUGAUCAGCGCUGCUGUACUGAAAGCUCGAACACAAACAAUAGGUGAGUCGAGAAAAAACUCCAGCCGACCUGGAAGUAAAGCCGGGAGCAGAGGGAGCAGUCGCAGAGGGAGCGACGCCUCCGACUUUGACAUCUCAGACAUCCAGUCUGUGUGCUCAGAUGUGUCCGAGACAGUUGGUGACUCGACCCGGGCAACGUCGCGCUCUGCGUCCCGUCAGCACGGAGGAAAACCCUCCAAGAUCCCCACUCCUCAGAGAAAAACCACUCCUACAAGCAAACUGGCCAAGGGAUCCAAGCGAUAGUCAGUGGCCUUGAAAACAAACAACCCAGGAGCUAGUUGCACCCUAAACACCGGACACUGGAGAUAUCUAACUUAAAAGACUGCAAAUGUGUUGAGUGUUAUUUAAAUUGUUGCAAAGAUGUAAAAUAUUCUGUUGAGAGGCAAUAUGGUUUAAUAUUAUGUGAGAAUGGAAUGUUAAUGGCCUUGUGUAUUUGUUUUUAAUGUAUUUUAUUUUUUUUGUGAAAAAUGUCAAAUUGUUUUUAUUGUAUUUUAUUUUAUUGAUGCGCAACCUGUAGAGGUUUGACGAACACUAGAAAACCCUGGGAUUGACUAUGUUGUACGGUUAACUAACAUUUCUAAACACACUAAUGAAGGGCAACACGUGGAAUAGCGAGAGUUACUGAAUGUACUGUAAUUUAUGUAUGCUGAUGUUUGGAGUAGAUGGUGCAAUAUGGUACCAUUUGAGGCACUGCAAUUAUCUAUUUAAGUGCUAUGAUAUACUGCCAACAUGCAUUUAAAGGGCAAUGCAAUAUACUACAAUAAACCCCAGUAAGCACUGCAGAAACCUUUAAAAAACACUAUUUAAGGCUAGUAGCAGAAACCUCGUAAUCAUGAAGCUUUUAAGUCCUGUUUGUUUGUGAGCAGCUGAAGCCCGUUUGUUUGACCACUUCCCAGCAGUGUGAGCAUUGACCUUGAAGAAGUGCCACUCCAUGUAGACAUUCUCUUGUGCAUCUAUGUCAAUGUAUGGUUAAUUUCGGUAGAGCUGAAAUUGUUACUGUAACAUUACUUUGUAAUAAACCUGCUUGCAGAAAACCACCAGA